AUGGAGAAAAUCGACGGUGAUGGCCCGGAGUCUGUUCCGUUGAAUCGCCCGCGGUCAGCCUCGCUGGCCUCGCAGGACUCUUCCGACUCGAGCCUAUCGAUUACGCCCGCCUCAUUCCCUAACAGCCACAAGGCACGCCCCCUCACGUCUCGGACAGAAGGCGAUGGCGAAAGAUACCGAGAUAUUGAAGAUGGAGGGGAUGCAGAAUAUGAUACUCGUGCUCCUCCCGGUUUUAAGAAGGCAGCUCCGAAAGAUCGCAUGCGCCGGUUUCUCUGGGGGCUUGGUAUUCUCUGUGUCAGCGGCUGGGUGCUCGCAUUCAUCCUCUUCCUGGCGCAAAAACGGCCCACUGCCGCACCCCAGACCUUCUCCGAUUCCACGCCCGAGAUUCAUGAUCCGGGUUCUUGGGGAGCUAAUGCGAGUGGCCAGCCUGUGACGCUCGAACAAGUCCUGACGGGAAAAUGGCUGCCGACCUCGCAUGCGAUAUCUUGGAUUGCCGGGCCGAACGGCGAAGAUGGGCUUCUUGUCGAACGGGGUGGGGGUGAGGGAGCUUAUCUGCGGGUGGAGGAUAUUCGCAAUCGCAAAAACGAGUCGGGCGGUUCCGAGAGCAGAGUACUUAUGGAGGAGCCGUCUGUGCGGGUGGACGGGAAGGACGUGACUCCCUCCAAGACGUGGCCGAGCCUGGACUUGCAAAAGGUGUUGAUCCUGUCGGAUAAACAAUCGAACUGGAGAUAUUCCUUCUUCGGCAACUACUGGAUCUUCGAUGUUGAGUCGCAGACGGCUGAGCCGCUGGAUCCCGGUAACCAGGAAGGACGGGUGCAGCUUGCGAAAUGGUCACCCAAAUCCGACGCUGUUGUGUUUGUUCGGGACAAAAACCUGUUCUUGCGCAAGCUGGGUUCCUCCGAUGUUAUCCAUAUCACCAAGGACGGUGGGAAGGACCUCUUCUAUGGUGUCCCGGACUGGGUGUACGAGGAAGAAGUGUUCUCAGACAACACUGGCACCUGGUGGUCUGGAGAUGGCGCAUACGUCGCGUUUAUUCGGACCAACGAGUUCCUGGUUCAAGAAUAUCCCGUCCAGUACUUCCUCUCUCGCCCAUCAGGCAAACAGCCGCCCCCUGGGCUUGAGAACUAUCCCGAAGUCAGGCAGAUCAAGUACCCCAAAGCAGGGAGCCCAAACCCUAUCGUCAACCUGCAGUUCUUCGAUGUGGAGAAGAACGAGGUCUUUAACAUCGACCUGCCAGAUGACUUUGCUGACAAUGAUCGAAUCAUCAACGAAGUUGUCUGGGUUUCCGAGGGCAAGCUUCUGCUUCGCGAGACCAACCGCGAGAGCGACAUCGUCAGGAUCUUCCUAGUUGACGCCAAAGCCAGGACCGGCAAGCUCGUUCGGGAGGAUAACAUCGCCGGCUUAGAUGGCGGCUGGGUUGAGCCCUCGCAACCAACCCGAUUUGUCCCCGCUGAUCCUUCCAAGGGUCGACACCAUGAUGGGUACAUUGACACCAUCAUCCAUGAAGGCUAUGAUCAUCUGGCGUACUUUGCGCCGCUUGACAACCCGAAGCCUACCAUGCUCACGCAAGGAGAAUGGGAAGUGGUCGAGGCGCCUUCCGGAGUGGACCUGGAAAAGGGCCUGGUGUACUUCGUGGCCACAAAGGAGGGGCCAACCCAGCGCCAUGUCUAUCGGGUUACGCUGGACGGCUCGGAUCUUCGACCAGUGACAAACACCUCCAACCCCGGGUAUUAUGGUAUCUCAUUCUCCCACGGGACAGGGUACGCGUUGGUCAGCUACACGGGCCCCAUGGUGCCUUGGCAAGCUCUUAUCAAUACCCAAGGCGACGAGAUUGAAUUUGGGGAUUUCAUUGAAGUAAACUCCCACCUAGGUGAUUUGGCCAAAAGCUCUGCUCUCCCAACCAAGAUCUACAGCAAUGUGACGAUCGAUGGCUUUACCCUUCAGGUGGUAGAGCGCCGCCCUGCGAACUUCGACCCUGCUAAACAAUACCCCGUGCUUUUCUUCCUAUAUGGUGGACCGGGCUCACAAACCGUGGACCAAAAGUUCACCGUCGACUUUCAGUCGUAUGUGGCCUCUAGCCUGGAGUACAUUGUUGUCACCGUCGAUGGCCGAGGCACUGGUUAUAUUGGCCGGAAAGCACGGUGCAUUGUCCGCGGAAACUUGGGCUACUACGAGGCCCUUGAUCAGAUUAAGACGGCUCAGAUCUGGGCUACCAAAAACUACGUGGACGAAAGCCGCAUCGCUGUUUGGGGCUGGAGCUAUGGUGGUUUCAUGACCUUGAAGGUCCUCGAGCAGGACGCGGGCGAGACCUUCCAGUACGGCAUGGCUGUGGCACCAGUUACGGACUGGAGAUACUACGACUCCAUCUACACAGAACGCUACAUGCACACCCCCGAGCACAAUACCAUCGGCUACGACAACUCCACCAUCAACGACGCAGAAGCCCUGGGCCAGAGCGUGCGGUUCCUGAUCAUGCACGGCGUUGCCGACGACAACGUCCAUUUGCAAAAUACCCUGGUCUUGCUUGACAAGCUGGACCUGUCCAACAUAGAAAACUACGACAUGCACGUGUUCCCAGACUCCGACCACAGCAUCUACUUCCACAAUGGGCAUACAGUGGUCUAUGAACGCCUUGCGAGCUGGCUCGUAAAUGCGUUCAAUGGCGAAUGGAAGCGGAUUGCUAACCCCACGCCGGAGGAGCAAUCCGCGAAUGCUUCGGUCAAUGGCUCUUUGCCGCUUUCUUUCUCGGCGCAGUAG